CCUGCUCUGAGUGAGCUCACUUCCUCCGCAGGGCUCGGCGAGCGCAACGCAACGCGGCGUGGCUGGGCUGCUCGGCUGGCCUGUCUGAGCCGAGCCUCGACGGAGCGGACACAGACGGGCAAGGGACAGGCAGGCUGCGGCCGGCGACGCACGCGCGCGCGCGCUUUCUCCUUCUCCCGUCCGCUCGGGCACUCUCCGCCUCCUCAUGUCCGCCUCGGCCAUCCCGGCCAGCUCGGGCGAGCUGCUGCGAUGCGACCGCGCCCCCUUCCUGCUGGCGGCGGACCCGGAAGGCUCCACGGCAGAGGCGCUGGCGGCGGAGGAGCUGCUGGAGGAGGGUGGAGACGAGGCUCGCGCCUGGAGCCCCCCGGAGAAGUCCCUGCACGAGGCCCGGCUGAAGGCCAAGGCGAAGCGGCGGCUGCGGCGCACCUCCUCCCGCGACUCCACCCGGGAAUCGCUCUCGGAAGGCGGGGAGCCCAGCCCGGACCCCAGCAGCCCCCCCAAGGGCAAAAGCCAUGACCGCAGGUCCCGCAUGGGCAGGGGCCGCGGCCUGCCCAAGAAAGGUGGCGCAGGGGGCAAAGGCGUGUGGGGCGCACCGGGCGUGGUCUACAGCUACCAGGAGCCCGACGCUCGGGACCCCAACUACGACGAGGCAGCUCAGGGGGACACCAUUUACGCCACGGUGGUGCCUGAACUGGAGGAAGAGGAGCUUGAGAAGAACGUGCAGCCCAUGGUGCUGGAGUACUUUGAGCAUGGAGACACCCUAGAGGUGGUGGAACUGCUCCGGGAGCUGAACCUGGGAGGGCACAAAGCCACCGUCCCCUCGCUGGCCGUGGCCCUGGCCCUGGAGGGCAAGGCCAGCCACCGGGAGCUGACGUCCCGCCUCCUGUCGGACCUGGUGGGGAGAGUGCUGAGCUCCGAAGACAUCGCCACCGCUUUUGAUGGGAUGCUGCGUGACCUGCCGGACCUCAUCCUGGACACGCCGGAAGCACCCCAGAUGCUGGGCCAGUUCAUCGCCCGGGCUGUGGCUGACCAUGCGCUGCCGCUGGACUUCCUGGAGCGCUACAAGGGCCGUGUCGACUGUGAGCAUGCGCGGGCCGCCCUUGACCGGGCUGCUGUCCUGCUGCGCAUCAAGCGCGAUGUCAACCACCUGGACAACGUGUGGGGUGUGGGCGGCGGCCAGAGGCCGGUCAAGCAUCUCAUCAAGGAGAUGAACCUUCUGCUCCGCGAAUACCUGCUUUCCGGGGAGGUGUCUGAGGCUGAGCACUGCCUGCGCCAGCUAGAAGUGCCCCACUUCCACCACGAGCUUGUCUAUGAGGCCCUGGUGAUGGUGCUGGAGUCCUCCGGUGAGACGGCCGUGGCCAUGAUGGUGACGCUGCUGAAGGUGCUGUGGGAGACGGGGCUGGUGACCCUGGACCAGAUGAACCGGGGCUUCCAGCGGGUGUACGGUGAGCUUGCAGACCUCAGCCUGGACGUGCCUCUGGCUCACAGCAUCCUGGAGCAGCUGGUGGAUCUCUGCUUUGCCGAAGGCGUCAUCACCAAGCAGCUGAGAGACACGUGCCCUGCCCGGGGCCGGAAACGCUUCGUCAGCGAGGGAGAUGGUGGCCAAGUCAAGCCGUAGCGGGUCGCUUUCCGCCCAGCCCUCUGCUCGGCCCCCCCCCGCCAUGCCUCCAGCCCAGCUCGGCCUGUGGACCUCCACGGAGAGGCUGGGAGACCCUUGUUGAACACCCCCAGCCGGGCAUCCACGCAGCGGGCUGGACGAUCGCGGAAGAGAGCAGGCUCCAUCCCCUGCUGGGCUUGGGCUGGCCUUCCUGCAGGGAGCCCCCCUCUGGGACUUGCCCAGUCCUGCUUACUCCCCCACCCCCCACAAUCUCAGGAAGCCAAGAGGACUUGCACCCCAGACCCACAGGGAGUGGAGGAGAGGUAGGCUGGGCCCCAGAGGCCACCCCCUUCUUCAAAGGCCCAGCCCCCUUGCUGUGGGCAAAACCACCAGACACACACACACACACACACACACACACACACACACACACCCGCUGAUCACCUCUCUUGGGUCUCGGGAUUAUUUUAGAGAGACUUUGGAUGUCCCUCCCCCCAGUAGCCAAGAGGGUCAACGGUCUAGUGGGCGGAGGGGGGGGCAAUUGAGCAGGCCUGCCUCUGCCCCCUCCCCACUGCUGCCCCCCACCCCAUCUUGCCUCUGUUGUGCCUGGCAAGGUCUGGCUGUAGGUGGUGGGGAGGGAUUAUGGGGCUGGGUGGGGCUGGAGAGGGGUUGAGGCAGAAGCCCACCCUUGUUCUGCAAAGGGGAGGCUGGAGUGUCUCCGGGCAGGGGGGAGCCAGCCUGCUGGGCAGAUCUCACUGGUUGGAGCUGGGGAGGAGGAGGAGGAGAGGCUCCCCGAUGUCCUUGGAGGUACAGGUGGUGGGGAUGGGUGACGAGUGGGAAAACCCCCAAUAAAAGUUGUAUUCGAAGGA